AUUGAGUUGUCCACUCGAUCCAUAGUACCCUCUGGCUGCUACAAUGUAGGAAAUGCUGGCCAGGGCAGCAAAACAUGCAUGCCAUGGCAGGGGCAGAUGGGCAUCGGCCGCCAGCGGCGCCAGCGCGCUUGUGCAACUUUGGGGAGAUCCACAGAAGGCCUUCUCAAUGGCUGGGCUCGAUGGAGCGCUGGUUGGCGCCGGCAACCCUCUGCUAGACCUCAGCGCUGUUGUCGAUCAACCGCUGCUUGACAAGUAUGGGCUGGUCUUGGGCAACCAGAUCCUGGCUGAGGACAAGCACCUGCCCCUGUACACGGAGCUGGAGGAGAAGUUCCAGGUGGAGUACAUCGCCGGCGGCGCCACGCAGAACUCCAUCCGUGUCGCGCAGUGGAUGCUGCAGGUGCCGGGCGCCACCACCUACUUUGGCUGCGUGGGCAAGGACCACUACGCUGAGGAGCUGACCAAGGUGGCAGCCAAGGAUGGCGUGAACGCGCGAUACAUGGUGGAUGGGAGCACCCCCACCGGGACCUGCGCCGCCUGCAUCCUGGGAGGCGAGCGCUCGCUGGUGGCCAACCUGGCGGCUGCCAACAACUAUAAGGCCGACCACCUGCGGCAGCCAGAGAACUGGGCAUGCGUGGAGAAGGCCCGCGUUAUCUACUCUGCUGGCUUCUUCAUCACUGUGAGCCCCGAGUCGAUGCUGGCCAUGGCCAAGCAUUGCUGCGAGAACGACAAGACGUACUGCCUCAACCUGUCGGCGCCCUUCAUCUGCGAGGUGCCGCCCUUCAAGCAGACCCUCACCGACCUGAUGCCGUAUGUGGACUACCUCUUUGGCAACGAGAACGAGGCACGCGCAUUUGCCAAGAGCGAGGGCUGGGAGACUGAGGAUGUGGAGGAGAUUGCGCUGCGGAUGGCCCGGUUUGGCAAGGCCAGCGGCGUGCGGCCCCGCACCGUGAUCAUCACACAGGGUGCCGACCCGACGGUGGUGGCGCAGUACGGCAAGCUCCUGAAGUUCCCGGUUACCCGCGUGCCUGCCGAAAAGCUGGUGGACACAAAUGGCGCAGGCGACGCCUUUGUGGGCGGCUUCCUCUCGCAGCUGGUGUGCGGCAAGGAUGUGGCCGAGUGCGUGCGCGCCGGCAGCUACGCGGCGGGCGUGAUUGUGCAGCGCGGCGGCUGCACCUUCCCCGACAAGCCCUACGGUUUCCAAUGGGCUUAGGCAGCCGCUAGGCAUGCAGCUGAGGAGCUUGCAAGCCCCUGGUGACGCUGCCAGAUGACCCCGGUUCUUUUCCAACCAUGAAGAAGCUAAGCAUUCAACCCACACCUUUCUUUUCAGCUGUCAAAUGCAACUCUGCUCCGGCCCGCACACUGAUAGGCGUGAGUUAAGGCAGGCUACAUGAGUCGUUUCAAAAGCCAGCAGGGAGAAUGUUGGCCCCUACAUAGAAUGAUCACAUCAUGUCCCCGCCAUUCUCCAGCAGAUAGUUUGCCGCCAGAGCUUCGUUCUUAUCACAAAUGAGAAAUGCUUCGAUGCACGCGUUGCGGUCGAAACCCAGCGCCGCCAACCUGUCGAUGGCAUCCAUCUCGUCCUGCGUCAGCUGAAUCUCCACACCCAUGGGCUCAUCGCCGCCCUCGCCCAUCUCCCCCUGCAUCUGCUGCAGCAGGGCGCCGAUGUCUGCCUCCUGCACAGGCUCGUUGAUCAUCGCCAGGAACUCCUCCUGGUUGGCGUUGAUGGCCUCCAGCAUGGCCGGGUUCUCCUUGCCAAGCUCCGCCAGCAUGGGCUGCAGCAGCUCGGGCCGCUGCUGCACCACGGCACGCAGGCCCUGAAACUGCGGGGAGGCUCGCAGCGCCGCCAGCGGGCCCACCGCCUGCUCGCCGCCGCCGCCGCCGCCGCCAGGCGCGUUGCCAAACAUGUC